AUGCCACUUCAUCCAGAAUCACCCGGUGGCUCGCCGCCCGUUUCGGAUCAUAGCGAGUCCUCCGUGGCCUCUCACAAGAAGUCGCGCUCUGGCAGUAUCAACAGCGUCCCGUCCACUGGUAGCUCCAAGCGCAAGAUUAAAAUGAGUAGUCCCCAGGUGUUGGGUUCUCGUCGUACCAGCAUCGGCCUGGCCAAUGGUGCUAGUGCCGAAGACUCGUGUUUAUUUGUCGACAACCUUAUUCGUGUCGUACAAAAGCGACUACGCUCCGAAUUGGGCUUUCGUGAAGUGUUUGUUGCCACAGGCAAGGAGGCAUCAGCGGAUGACACUGAUAAUGGCCGCUCGCGGUCAUUAGUGAUUGCUUCUAAUUUGAACGAAUCGCCUAAAAAGAAUGAAGAACCGCAGCCAUGGGAUGCUAUGGCUGCCAGCAAACGUCCACUUUUAUACGGUAAUGAUAACUCCAAAAUCAAUGGCGUUUUGCCAUGUAGUGACUGCUCCAAGGGAACGGUAUAUGUAUCACAAGGCUAUGAAAAGAAACAGCGACUACUGGUUAUAGUUCCGUACCGUGAAGCCGGUAUCUGGAGCCGCAGCAUCUGUAUGAAUCAAUUUGAUAGCGACAAAGACAGUGGCUCAAUGAUGUCUUACUUAAAGAAAGCUCUGAGCGAGAAUUAUGGGGUUGUCAUCCUGAACCCAGCCGCUCAAAGUUGCCAUCCACGUACGCACGUCGAGCAUGCAUGGGAUCAACUCAUCGCGCCGUUGCUAUGCGACGUCUUUAUCGUUGCAUUCUCACGUGGUGCACAGAUGGUACUUCAUCUUUUAAAUCAUGACAAUGGCCAGGGCGUCGUACAAGACCGUGUCAAGGCGCUAGCUCUUGUUGAGCCAUCCCAUUACGUUAGUGACAACGACACGUACUUUGCUCGACGAAUUCUCGCGCGUCGUGCCGUGUCAUGGAUUUUGAACUCGGAAAUCGACGUUGGGUGCAAGAUUCCACAGGGUCCGACACGUCAUGGCUGCGUCUGUGUUUCUGCAGGUACUGUACCGUCCAAUGUACUAGGUAGCAGUGGUGCUUAUGCGCUAGAAAUGGUCAAAAGUUCUGUCUUUGGAUCAUUUGCCGCUCGAAGUGGCGAAGCUGCGGGAAUUACGGUCAAUGCGACGAAAAUCAAUGCGUGUGGCAUUUGUCAUCGCAAGUUAUCGAUGCUUAAUCGACGCAUACCGUGCUCGUGGUGCGAAGUCAAGUACUGCAGUCGUUGUUGUGAAGAUAAGUUUGUACCAGCGUUUGGAAGCUGGCGCGUUUGUUCCUUGUGUCAAUCGCUACCGUGCUUGAUCGACCCCCGUCGAAAAAAUCGCAGUGCAACGAACCAUUCAAGCCCCACGGCAGCAGGUCAAGAACGUUGCAGUGUCUUCAUCCGACCGACCGCUGAUGAUGACGAUCCAGUGUGUCUCGGAGACUUUGAGAUUGUCAAACUUGUUGGUCGUGGGGCUUGUGGACGCGUGAAAUUGGUACGCAAGAAGCACGGGUACGAUGAAGGCGUAUUUUAUGCGAUGAAAGCGAUCCGAAAGAAAUUGAUGAUUCAAAGAGGGUUGGUGGAAGCAACCAAUGCCGAGCGACGAAUUCUUGAUCGUAUUAAACAUCCAUAUGUGGCAACACUUUGCUAUGCUUUUCAGACUGAAGCCAAGCUUUAUCUACUGUCUAAGUAUUAUCCAGGUGGCAACCUCUUGGACCAAAUGCGUCUGGCGCGGCGGUUCUCAGAGGAUCGUACACGAUUGUACACUGCUGAAGUAGCCCUUGCCAUUCACCACUUGCACCAGAAUGAUAUAAUUUAUCGCGAUCUUAAGUUGGAGAACGUAUUGGUGGAUUCUGACGGGCACGUCGCACUCACAGAUUUUGGCAUGUCUAAGGAAAAUAUGCCCGACAAAGGCCGUACGACAACGUUCGUGGGUACAUACCAGAUGAUGGCCCCUGAAGUGUUUAGUGGAAAAUCGUACUCACGCGCCGUGGAUUGGUGGGCACUGGGUGUCAUGGUGUACGAAAUGAUUGAUGGUCGCACUCCUUUUAAUGCCAAGACUAAUCGAUUGAUCAAGGAACGUAUUGUUAAUGUUGAUCUCAAAUUUUCACCACGAUUUACGGAUGAUGCUAAAGACUUUGUUUCAAGAUUGCUGACCAAGAACGAAGCUAAUCGUCUUGGUUCGGGGCCUCAUGGUUUCCAACAGAUCAAAACUCAUCCAUGGUUUAAAGGAUUGGAUUGGGGCAGUGUCGAGCGAAAAGAGGCUUUGUUUGAAGGUCAAUACGCUUUAAUGGAGAAACACGCAAAAGAAUACCGCACGGACGAUAUCUUUGAGACAUACAUGAACACAAUCGAAGUCCCUGUUGACACGCCUGCGUCAGCUAAGAGCUCAAACGACGAAUUGUUCAACGAUUUUGCAUUUAACUACAUGGAUGGCCCAGAAGAAGAGCAACGGGAUGUGCCUGAGCCAGACGAAGAAGGAGACGGUCAGAACCCGCUGUCGCCUAUCUCAUCAAACGACAGCACGAGCGAUCGAAUGUUGAAGUCUCACUCGUUAGGACAACCAAAAGACAGAAUGCUGGCCACGUUCUUGUCGACGAACGGUCUGGACUUUGACUUAACGCUGUUACGCCCGGAUCAAGCGACGGACUUUGGUGUUUCGGCCUGCUCUUUCAUAAGCUUGGAUGGCACUGAAGACGAGGCUGCGGAGCCUGCUGAGCGAUUGAACGACCUUGUGGAAACGACAUCUGAUGAGGAUGAUGCAGAAACGGACGACAAAGAAAAGCCGUUGAGAUCAUUAUCGCAAUCCGUGUCGCCUACGAAUAGUGAUGGCACGGACGUGGACUCGAGACUGGAAAGUACGCGUAAGAUGCUGCUUUAA